GGAGGAGUUGACAUGGGAGGAGCUGAGCAGUCAAAGCCACGCCCACCGACAGACAGACCGGUUGGACAGGAGAUGCCCAUCGCCCGAAGGCAUUUGACUUAUCUGAGAGUUGUAGGAACGCACAUCUGCUCAAGACACCAACUAAACUUUGCGAGUGAUCGGUUACAUAAGCAAGAAAAGCAGAAAUCAGCCAGUUCAAUGUAGCAAGCCUGCCAGCACGAUCACUAAAGAGAGAUUGUAGGAGCUCAUGAUCGCCCUAUGAACAGCAGAUCUAAGGCGUUCAGAAGCCACGAGGGACGAUGAGGAACUCUGGGGCCGUGCUGAUUUUGACCUUUAUUGCCAAAUUAAUAUUGCAAGCAGCAGGUGUCAGUCCGCCAGGCAAACCCAGACUCACAAGCUGUCGCUCUCCAGAGAAGGAGACCUUCACAUGCUGGUGGGAACCUGGAGGUGAUGGAGGCCUGCCAACCACCUACGCCCUCUACUACCAUCUAGAAAACUCAGAAACGGUCUACGAGUGCCCAGAUUACAGAACCGCAGGCGAGAACUCGUGUUUCUUCAACAAAAACGACACAUCGCUUUGGGUCAACUACAACAUCACUGUGGUGGCUACCAAUGCCCUGGGGAAGAACAUUUCAGACCCCGUGGAGGUGGAUGUGGUCUAUAUAGUUCAACCAAACACUCCAGAGAACGUGACAGCAGUUGUGGUCCAUGAUGAACAGGGUCCGUUCGUGAGAGUGUCCUGGGAGAAACCCCGAACCGCAGACACUCGCUCAGGGUGGAUCACGCUACUUUACCAGCUACGAGUUAAACAAGAAAAAGAUAAAGAAUGGGAGGUGGGUUUGAAAAAAAAAAGAAAAUAUAUACCCAGAGAGCGUUCGCUGUGGAUCAUGAUCACGAUAUUCUCUGUCUUCAUCGUCCUCAUCCUCACCUGGACACUAAACGUGAAACGAAACAGUGUGAAGCUUUGUUUGCUGCCUCCUGUUCCUGGACCAAAAAUCAAAGGAUUCGAAAAACAAUUGCUGAAGAGCGGAAAGUCAGAGGAAGUUUUCAAUACUUUGGUGAUCCAAGGUUUCCCUCCAACCACCGAUUACGACGAGUUACUGGUGGAGUACCUUGAGGUGUAUGACAAUGAGGAGCAAGAGUUGGUACUGGAUGGUAAAGAUCUAUCAGAGGACUGCAUGAAGUCCAAAAGCCCGUCGGACAGUGACUCGGGCCGGGGAAGCUGUGACAGUCGCACUCUGCUUUUGGAGAAGUGCAUGGAGGGACGGGAAGGAAGUGGAAGUGGAAGCGAUCAACAUCAGUACAGCCAACAUGGAGAAACGAGCUGGGCUUCUACUGAAAGCAGUGAAAGCCAGGGUCCCGAACCCGGUUCUCCAGAGUCCGCCGAUGGAUGCGGCAAAACCUGGCCCGUUGUGUUUUCGUCUCCUCAACCGCAAACUCACCAUCAUUACCAAGUGGGAGCUGCGAAACCGGCCUACCACAGCGUCCCAGAGAUCCUCAACCAUUCGUCGCCACACACGACGCCAAGCAACUAUCACCAGCUACACCAUCAGGACAUCCCGCAACAGGAGGGCCGCUUCAGUAAACCAGCCUGCCGACAUUCUCAAAGCUACAACCAGUUUAACCUGGACGGCGUCGGCACUCCUGCUCCCGGCGUGCCUCCGUCACCUUCUUUGGAAUACGUAGAGGUACAAAGGGUCAACCCGGAGAAUAUGCUACUGCUUAGGCCGCUUUCGGACCCAAACCGCGAACCUGAGGGGUUAGAUUGUGCCGGGGAGGACUACAGUAAGGUCAAAGAAGUGACAAACAAUAUUUUGCUUCUGCAGAGGGAUACGUCCCAUCAGUGCGUGGACUAUUACAGCCAGGACUUGGACAACCAGGCUGAUCAGUGCACAACCCAGCAACCACCUCACCCCUGCAAACCUGCUGUCCACCAAUCAAACAGUAGGAUGCCACAUGAAGGCAUGAGGGUGAUGGGAAACGGUUAUGUAGAUUCAACAGUCUUAAUGCCAUCCUACUAGCACAUAGUGGUCCAAUGCAUGAAUGCAGCAAAAUCAAUAAGCCAACCACUAAACUGUCAACAGCUCAUGCCAAGCCCUGAAAGAAGUGCUUUUCUCUACAGUGUUUUUUUUCAGUGGAUUUAUAUUUAUAAAAAUAUUUACUUAUUAUUAGAUUGUAUUAGAUGUAAGGGUCUUGUUUCAGAGCCAAGGUCUGAACUUUUAUGUAAGCACUGUAAAGAGGCUGGACUCUUGAAAAUAAAUGUUCUUUGUUGGCUUUGAAGGUUCCAUGAAGAACCUUUAACAUCCAUUGAACCAUUCCAUUGCACAAAGGAUCUUUAUAGUGGAAAAAGCUUCUUUAGAUUAUUAAAAUGUUCUUCUGCUGCAAUGCUCUUUGGGGAACCUAAAAAUAGUUCUUCCAUGGUGUUGCUGUGAAAACCACCCUUUUGGAACCUUUAUUUUUAAGAGUAUGAGAAGUCAUCGAUUUUGUUUCUUUGACAGAUUGUGUACUUUGAUGAGGUGACACUUAUAAACACCAAAAAAAAAAAAAAAUCUUCUUUUUCUUUACACUUAAGUCUUUAAAGUUAACAUGAAACUGAAAUGGAUCCCAAUACACAUUUCAGAAAAUUCACUUAAAUUCUGCUGUGCCUCUGAUACAAUUUUUCCUUUUGACUGUAUGUUAGUCAAUAGCCAAAUAGCCAUUUAGGCAUUGUGUUUUCAUUGGAAAUUUCAUGGAAAGCCUACUUUUCAUUAUCCAGCAAUCGCCAGUGGAAUUCUCCUACUGUAUAAUUUAAUGCUGUUUUACUGAGAAAUACUGUACAUGGUAUUUUGGAAGUAAAAUGGGUUAUGAAUGCCAUUUCAUGUUAACUUUUAAUGAUUUGUCGUAUUUAGAGAUUCAUGGGAUUUGAAAACUUAGCACUUAGCAUAGUUGCCCUCAACUAUCCACAAUGCAUUGUUUUAUAUUGCAUCUUGCAUCAUGGCAUUGUUACGUGUUCAAAGCCACUAUGUUUUUUUAUGCCGCUGUUCACUCCUAAACUACAUGAUGGGGUCUGUUGCUAUAGUGGACAUGGACUAUUUUUUUAUGAACUGAUCUUGAGUAUUAUCAAAGCGUUCACCCAAUUUCACUUCACAUUUAAAUGAAUUAUAAAUAUAAUUUUUUUAUUUUUUAGUUUUAAGGAAAUUACUUAAAACUCCAUCUGCAUAUUAUAUAAACACAAGAGCAUUAUUUGCAGUCAGAGUUGGUUGCAUUCCAAAUUUCAAAUUGCAUUCCAUUCUGGAAACAUGUUAUAAUCUCAGCCAUAAAAUUUUAAAUGUCUUUGCUUAUUGGUACACUAAUGCAAAAA